AUGGCUAUGAUUAGAGCUAGUUUGCAAAAACUUAGCCGUGUAUUUCAUGGAGGACAAGCUGGAAUACUAUCAAGAUUAGCAACAAACCUAGCACCCGUUGAAAACAAAUCCGUUUCUGAGAUCUCAAAAGAUGUUAUAGCUGAAUGCAACCAACUAAUAGAGAAAAAUGCGUCACGCAACUUCGCAAUUGUGCAUCUACUAGGCAAGCAAUGGAGAGUUACAGACGGUGAUCUCUUAGUCGUGGAAGGAAUCUGGCCUCCGAACAUCGGUGACCAGAUUAAGCUGGAUAAAGUUCUUUUAGCGGGCACUAAAGACUUUUCUCUCAUUGGAAGACCAUUAGUUCAACCCGGGUUAGUCAAUGUAACUGCUACAAUCAUAUCGAAGGGCCUCUCUCAUACCAGAACACACUUCAAGAAGAAAAGGAGGAAGCAGUACAUGAGGAUCAACUUUGCCAGGGCUCAGCAAACAAUGCUUAGGAUUAAUGCAGUAGAAAUUACAAAUAAAAUAAACGCUAAAGCAAGCAAUGAGUGUUAG